AUGAAGAUAGCCUCUUGUUCUAUUCAUUCCAUGGAAAAAGAAGAUGACGCCAAACCUUUUCCAAAUUGGCUUGAACUACCGAGAAAAAUCAUAACAAACAUCUUACAGAGGCUUGAUACCAUUGACAUUGUGAAAAGUGUAUGUGGAGUAUGUCCUCUAUGGUGGAACAUUUGUAAGGAUCCUUCUUUGUGGCGAACCAUUAAUAUGACCAGUUUCACCUGUGGACUACUUUUUCAUAAUGAUCUGGUCAAGAUAUGCCAUUAUGCUGUUGAAAGAAGUUGUGGUCAUCUUGAAGAUGUUGAUAUUGAGUAUUUUUGCACUGACGAACUCCUUGAAUGCAUAUCUGAGAAUGCCGGAAACCUACGCCGCCUGCGACUUUUAGAUUGCCAGCUAGUUACUGAUAAAGGUUUCAGCGCUGCUGUAAGAAAACUUGCACAGUUAGAGGAAGUAGAUAUUUCAUUUUGCAACCUAGUGAAGGAAUCUCUUGAAGUUCUUGGUCGAUCUUGCCCUCUUUUGAAAUCUCUCAAAUUUGUGACAAGGGGGAUUGAAUACUUUGGAUACUAUGAUGAUGAUAAUGCUGAGGCAUUUGCCAUUGCUGAAACUAUGUCUGGUCUGCGUCAUCUUAAUAUCAGAGGAAAUCUAAUCCGUGAUGUAGGGUUGAUUGCAAUUCUUGAUGGAUGUCCUCUUCUUGAGUCUCUUAACAUUGCAGAAUGUAGUAAUCUUCAUUUGAGUGGAAGUUUGUGGAAAAGGUGCCGUGACCAGAUAAAGAAUGUGCGGCAGUGGACUCCAUUUAACGAAGAAGGUCAUCUUCCUUAUCAAGAAUCUUUGUUAAGGACUAUAUUACGAUCCUUGUGA